ACACACACUUUACUAUCUCAAUCUCAACAAAACAAACACUCUUCUUUCUCUAUUCUCUUUGUAUUUUGAAAAAAAAUCUGAAAAAUUACCAAAAAAAUGGGUCUCUUCAAAUUGUUUUCUGUUAUGAUUAUUGCUGCAUUGUUGUUGAGCACAACAACAAUGGCUCAAUCUCUUACCAAAUCACAACCACCGAGGAAAGCAAUCUCUCCGUCGCCUGCAGCCGUCACUCAAUCACCGGCGUCUUCUCCUUCUCAACCAUCAGAUGCAGCUAUCUCUCCUUCUUCAAUCUCUGCUCCACCAUCUAAAGCACCAGGACCUGCUUCAAGCGGUGUCGUUUUCAACAGAGUAUCUGUUUCUGCUGGAUCUGCUGCGAUUGUUGUUUUUGCAGCGGUUUUCAUCAUGUAGAUAGAUAACCAGGGUUAUCUUUUGUUUUCUUUAUUUUAUUAAUAAUUAAACUUCUAUGAUUCAAUUUAUUUAUUUAUUUAUUUUGUAUUACAGUGUGUGUUCUUCUCAAUUAAACUUUUAUAUGAUAUGAUAUAUUUAUUGAUUUCUUUAAAUAUCCUUGUUAUUAUUCUUAUUAAUUGUUUUAACUUCGUUUCAUAGUUUGUAAGAAAAAUUUCGGUUCAUAUUUGUGAA